GCAAAGGUUAGGCUUGGACACAUGCAUUACAACCCUAUCAAGUAAAGAGGGUUAGAGAAAUAAAAAGAGAAGAAAGAAAACACGAUAGUAUCAUCAUAUCACCACCACACACAUAGAUAGAGAGAGGAAAACGACCUAUAUUUUUUUUUCCUUUGAGAGCUUCAGGGGCUAGGAAAAUUAGAAGGACAGCCACAAGUAUAAAGGCGGUGAAAUAAAAGAGAAAGACAAGAAGGAGACAUGGGAAGACCACCUUGUUGUGACAAAGAAGGGGUCAAGAAAGGGCCUUGGACUCCUGAAGAAGACAUCAUAUUGGUGUCUUAUAUUCAGGAACAUGGUCCUGGAAAUUGGAGGGCAGUUCCUGCCAAAACAGGGUUGUCAAGAUGCAGCAAGAGUUGCAGACUUAGAUGGACGAAUUACCUGAGGCCAGGAAUCAAGCGUGGUAACUUCACAGAACAAGAGGAGAAGAUGAUAAUCCAUCUUCAAGAUCUUUUAGGAAACAGAUGGGCUGCAAUAGCUUCAUACCUUCCACAAAGAACAGACAAUGACAUAAAGAACUAUUGGAAUACCCAUUUGAGAAAGAAGCUGAAGAAGAUGCAAGCAGGCGGUGAAGGUGGUAGCUUUGGAGAAGGGUUUUCAGCCUCAAGGCAAAUCCCUAGAGGCCAGUGGGAAAGAAGGCUCCAAACUGAUAUCCAAAUGGCAAAGAGAGCCCUCAGUGAAGCUCUUUCACCAGAGAAAAAGCCAUCUUGUUUAUCUGCCUCAAACUCAAACCCUUCAGAUAGUAGCAGCUCCUUCUCUUCCACAAAACCAACAACAACACAAUCUGUGUGCUAUGUAUCAAGUGCUGACAACAUAGCUAGAAUGCUCAAGGGUUGGAUGAAGAACCCACCAAAGUCCUCAAGAACCAACUCGUCUAUGACUCAGAACUCAUUCAACAACUUAGCAGGUGCUGAUACUGCUUCUAGUAGUGGAGCAAAGGGACCACUAAGCAGUGCCGAAUUGUCUGAGAAUAAUUUUGAAUCCUUGUUUGAUUUUGAUCAGUCUUUGGAGUCUUCAAACUCUGAUCAAUUCUCUCAGUCCUUGUCUCCUGAGGCCACUGUUUUGCAAGACGAAAGCAAGCCUGAUAUUAAUAUUGCUGCAGAAAUUAUGCCCUUCUCUUUGCUUGAGAAAUGGCUCCUUGAUGAGGCAGGUUGCCAAGAGAAAUUAGUUGGUUGUUGUGGUGAUGCCAAGUUUUUCUAAGUUGGGUUCAUUUUGUGACAUAUGAGACUGUGGGAUUUUUUUAUUUUAUUUUAUUUUAUUUCAUAAGUUAUAGGUAGGGCCUCAUCAAUUAAUCUCGCUUCGGCCUUAUUAGAGAGAGAAGUUUUUCCAGCCUUUGGUGCUAGACGUGUAUAUGUUAAUUAUUAUUGACAUUAUGAUGAUUAUUAUCAUACUGUGUUAGUUGCCAUACACUGGCAAACUUGCUUCUCUUAUGUAAAGUUGAUCUUGCGACGAGAUCUUGCUUUAUGAAUUAAUUGUUUUUAAAGUAA